AUGUACUCAAAACUGAAGUUCCUCCAAGGCAAUUCGACUACCUCAGUUCGAUCAGCCUCUCAAUUCCUCAUAGACCUCCGAGGUCGGAGAAUUCAAUCGGACGAAAUCAUGGUCUCCUUCGAUGUGACGUCGCUAUUCACAUCUAUCCCACCAAACGUGGCCCGCGAAGUCUUGCGCAAGAGACUUGAAGAGGCGUACGAUGAGACUCAGAAUGCCCUCAAAAUUGAACACCUCAUGAGGCUGUUUGAAUUCUGCCAACAAACUUUCUUCACUUUUGCGGGAGAGACCUAUGAACAAAUCAAGGGAACCCCUAUGGGCUCACCGAUCUCCGGUUUGGUGGCAGAACUGGUCCUACAGGAGUUGGAAAAGAUUGCCUUCCUCCAACAUGAACCGAUGUUUUGGCGACGUUACGUUGACGACACGUUCGUCAUCGUAAAGAAGGACAUGCUGCAACAUUUUCACAGCCUGCUCAACGCAGUCUUCCCGGAUAUAAAAUUCACGAGAGAAGAAGAACAGGAGCAGCAGUUGCCCUUCCUGGAUGUGCUCGUCAGACGAAACCUUAACGGUGAACUUGAAACGACGGUUUAUAGGAAGGCAACGAACAACACACAGCUUCUCAGUUUUUACAGCAACCAUCCGGUGGCUCACAAACGAAGCUGUGUGAAGACGCUCUUCAAACGGAUCCAAACUCAUUGCAGCAAACUGGAAGACAGAGCGCGUGAGGCCCGUUAUCUCCGCGACCAGUUUGUGCAAAAUGGCUAUCCGAGGGCAUUCAUAAGUCGCUGCCUACGCGGUCGCCACCAGAGAACUCAAACAUCAACGCCACCGACGAUAUGGCAUGCUCUACCAUACAUCAAGGGUGUUUCAGAAGCGACCGAGCGCAUUGCUGCGGAGCUAGGGGUUGGAAUCGCACACCGCCCCAAAGCCACCAUGCGCAACACGGUCAUGAAAAUCAAAGACUGGUUAAAACCUGAAGAGCAAUCUGGAGUAGUGUAUCGCAUUCCGUGUCAAAAUUGUCCUUGUAAUUACACAGGACAGACUGGACGCAUGCUCGGAUCGCGCAUACAUGAACAUAAGCUGGCUGUGCGGCGAGGCGACGCAUUGUCACAAGUGGCUGCCCACACCUACGAAAUGGGUCACGAGUUUGACUUCGCAGCCACCAAAAUAGUCGCCCACGCCGGAAACAAAACAGGCCGAGAAUUGAUUGAAGCCUGGGCCUCGGAUGAGAACUCGGUCAAUCGAUUUAUCGAUCUGGCGCCGGCGUACAGAGCCCUUCGUAGUCACCUCCAGUCGUGCGACGUCGGUCGAUGA